GUCUUAAAUAUACACAAAAGAUAAUAAAAUUGCUUCAGGCGCGCAUAGAGUUUAUUAUUGUAGUUGGUGCGUUUGCACUAGCUGCCUCUGCGAUGCUAGCGUGUAUCUCUUGACAUACUAUAAUCCGAUAAGUUAUACAAUCAAAUACUGUGAGUGUUUCAGAAGGUUUAUCACAUUGGCUGUGACAAUUGUGUUAUCCACAACAUGACUGUGCAUCAACCUGCUUCCAGAAUAUUGACCUAUCCAGGAGAAUAUGACAAUGUUAUUCCUGAAGACAUAUCUCUAGCAGAGUACAUUCUUAAUGAGAUUGAAAAAUUUGGUGAUGAUAUUUCUUCUACCAACUCAGAGACCAAGCAGAACAUUACCUUCUCACAAAUUGUCAAUCAAACCAAGGCAUUAGCAGCUGGAUUACAAAUUAAGUUUGGUGUCCAGCCCAAAGAAAAUAUUGCCAUUGUUCUUCCGAGCUGCUUGGAGUACCCUGUUGCAGUUUUGGGUGUUAACUAUUGUGGUGCAGCUGCUACACUCAUUAAUCCCAGUCAAACAAUAAGUGAGCUGAAACAUGCAAUUAAACUUACAAACCCAAAAGUGUGGAUUGGGACAGAAGAAUUUUCAACGAAGUUUCACGAACUGUUUCCAAAUGCCGCGCAACGACCGCCCUUGAUUGUUUUGACGAACAAAGCGGAGCAUCCAUCAACUUGGGCUGGUUUGUUAGCAUUUGGGCAGGGUAAACCUGUUCGACGACCUACCAUCAAUUCCAAAGAAGAUACGGCGCUUAUCCUGUUUUCAAGCGGAACUACUGGAGUCCCCAAAGGAGUAUCUCUGACAAAUGCCAACUACAUUGCAGCUCGGAGACAAAAUGUGGAGCUCACAAAAGAUAUCCCCAAGAAUCCCGAAGACCUUAAUACUGUUAUGCUUCCUCUCUAUCAUACUUUUGGCAUUAGCAGCAUUUUUGAUAACAUGGUCAGAGGAUUGCGAUUUAUUCUGGUGCCUCAUUUCACUUUCAAGAACAUGUUGGAGGCCAUUCAAGAAUAUCGGAUUUCAAUUAUGUCUGUUGUUCCUGCCAUCGCUACUCAACUGGUCAAGCAACCAGUCGAGCAACAUUAUGAUUUGUCUUCGCUUCGAUUGCUUUUCUCCGGCGCGGCUGCCCUCAGCAAAGAAAUUCAAGCUGGAUUGGUGGAAAAAUUUGGAUGUUUCGUGUUUCAAGGUUACGGAAUGACGGAAUCAACCCUGCGAACGCAUAGCAAUUUUAUUGGCUCCUCUCGUGAUGGAAGUAUCGGCACCGUAAUGCCUUUCUGCGAGUCCAUCGUAGUGGAUCCUGAUACGAACAAAGCUUUGGGCCCUAACGAAGAAGGUGAAAUUUGCGUCAGAGGACCUUUAAUUAUGAAGGGAUACAUAGGUGACGACGAUGCUACCCAACACACGAUCGACUCCCAGGGAUGGCUGCAUACUGGUGAUAUUGGCUAUUACGACGAAGAUGGAUUCUUUUUCAUCACGGACCGUAUGAAAGAACUCAUUAAAUACAAGGGAUUGCAAGUGUCCCCAACCGAGCUCGAACAGAUCCUGUUGACUCAUCCUGGCAUUAUGGAAGCGGCCGUUGCUCCCGUUCCUGACGAAGCCGCAGGUGAACUACCUCGCGCCUAUGUCGUCAAAAUUCCUGGUUCUACCCUGACUGAAGAUGACGUCGUCAAAUUUGUGGCUGAUAAAGUGAGUCCACACAAGCGGCUACGUGGUGGAGUUGUCUUUAUCAAGAGCAUCCCCAAAACUGCCACGGGAAAAAUCCUUCGUCGUGAACUGAAGCUCAGCAGUAAGCUCUAACUAUAGGCUCAUGUGGGAAAAAUACUUGUUAUAGUUUCGCGGAGAGGCCUGGAACAUUUAUCUGUAGGGUGUCUAGAUGAACCCUAAGUCGGAACAGGAAACAUGGGAUCAGCAACACCUGUUAUAGAGAUGGUAACCCUA